UUGGUAUUUUUCCUAAUGCGUAGUUUCAGUGAGCUGAAAAAUAUUUCCGGACGUCAUAGCAAUACAAUGAGAAAAGGAAAUCCUGAAAAUACUAGUAUAUAGCCUUCGUGUGCAGAAGUAAAAACAGCUAUUUACACUUAAUUGUAUAUAACAUAUCGUCCAAAUGGCAAAAGAAUCAAACUAUGAAGAUACGAUUGAAGCGAUUGUGAACAGCGGACUUCAUACUAUGGUAUUGGCACUAGGAUACAAGGUUGGAAUAAUAGACGCCAUGGGACGAUUGGGAAAACCUAGCACGAAGGGUGAAAUCAGCAAGGAAGCGGGCCUCAAUCAACGAUAUGUCGAGGAGUGGUUGUUGUGUAUGGCAUCAAAAGGCAUUGUACAAUAUGAAAACAGCAAAUUCACAAUAAUGAAUUCGGGUCGGAUUCGGAAAGCAAUUCACACUUCAUUGGCAUUGCCUAUGUUUGCUGACUGCUUUCAAAAGUUAGAAAAUGCAAUGAAAAAUAAAGAUAUUAAUACAGGCUACCAAUAUCCAUCAAAUGAACUAGAAUGGCUGGGAAAGUUCAGCGACUUGUCCAACACAAACCAAACAUGGAUAGAAAAUAAUAUUAAUCCAGCUAUUUUGUACUGUCAACAGCAAUCUCACGACACAGAAAUUUCGUUAUGUAUGCUUGAUUUUGGAUGUGGAUACGGAAAACUUGCCAACGAACUAGCACAGUACUAUCCACAGAGUAAUAUCUUUGGAACCGAUAUACACAAAGACGCUGUCCAUUUCUGCAAAGUCACACAUAAGCAACCAAAUAUUCAGUUUGAAAUAUUUUCAAAAAGCCUCGAACUGCUAUGGCAGCAAAAGUUUGACGCUAUCAUCUUGAAGGAUGUAUUGCAUGAUCUUCCAGAUCCGAUAACUGUUCUAUCUCAAGUGAGGCGCAUGCUCAAACCUCAAGGAAUAGUGAUUGCAUUUGAUCCUAACAUCUCGUCAAAUAUAUCCUUUAAUUUAGGAAAAAAGGCAGCUCAAAAUCAUCUGCCUUACAGUGUGUUUUUCUGUCUGCCGAAUAGUUUGUCGGAAAGGCCCGCUGUGGGUCAUGGCGGGAGUUGGGGUUACGAAGAUCGGGAGCAAUUUCUUGUUGAUAAUGGAUUUACAAUAGUUAAAACGCCUGUCGACGAAAUCAAGUCAACGAAUUCCCACGAUCACAGAAUUAUAUUUAAAGUGUAAGCAUGAAGUUUAAACAUUAAAUCUUCUCUUCUCAAAAACAAGUUUGUGUGUUCGUGUGACUGUGAAAUUUAACAAAGUAAAUAUUUAUGCAUGUAAAAGGAUUCAUUAUUUUUUCUUUGGAAAAUAAAUCAAUUUUAAAGCAAUCAAGGCGUUUAAGAAAAGAACAUCAACGCACGUAGACCAUCUGCAG